AUGCUUCGUCGUAGUUUGAUUCACCGUCGGUACCCAUUUAACAAGCGUGGUCCUCGUGAGCGCAAAUCAUGGAAACAUCAUGUAUUGACAGAUCCUCCCAAGCCAAUUCACUGGCGUGAUCCAAAGGUCUGGACAAAGGAUUUAGGUACCAUGAAAUCUUUCGAUGCCCCUCAAUGGGAUCUGUGGCAAAAUCGGGCACGCUCUGAAGAUAUGGAUGAGGCCUUGCAGCCCUUUAUGGACAUGCCCCAGUCUCUCAAGGAUCGACGCUACGAUAUUCCGUGGUGGGCAAAUCCUUUUGGUGCAUGGUAUCUACAGAAUAUUCUCUCAGUAGAGUUGCUGAAGCUUCCCAGUCGAACAAAUGCGGAGAAAAUAUCAAUUUAUAGAAAUCGUAAGCACCUCUUUUCUUCUGGCAAGAAGGGGGAAACUAUUCUGGACGAUGAGAUUUUAGGUAACAUCAUCAAGGAGAGAUGGAGAACGUUGGAGUUUGGUGAUCGCGACGCAGGCUAUCCUUGCACGUUUAGUGAUUAUAUUCAAUUUCUUAACGAGUGGUUUAAGUCGCUUGACGAGGAAGGCAUACAAAGAUUACGUGAACACUUUGAUAGACGGAUUCGUCCCCUUUUAGCGGUGAUGUCACCGGUAGAUAUACUCUGGUUGGAGGCCCUGACUCAGAACUCUCCUCAUAAUAAGGAACAGUUGCAACGUCGGAUUGCGUUUCAGACAAGUCUUGGAACUCCAGAGUUUUUUGAUAUGUCAAAGCGACUUCGCUACGAAAUCAAUGAAGAUUACAAGGUUCGUGAUGAAUUGGGUCCUGAGCUUUUUGCGCUGUGGAGCAAGGCGCCUGAGCGGUGGCCGCCAGAGCGUCUGUCAAAGAUGUAUGGUCUAGAUUUUACAUUGGUUCGCAAAAUACUUGUGUGGCACCAUUUUAAGGCGUGCUAUGAUGCCUGUGUGGAGCCAGAUUGGACUCUGCCCAAGCGUCUUUUUGCUCUGGAAUGGAUUCGAGAUGUUAGGGCACGUAAACACGGUUUAUUUUACGGGAAAAUGCGUUUUGCUGAACAAAAGAUUACUUUUUACAGUGAUCGGUUCCUGUUUCGAGACUUGGUAAAUCGUCGAGAGGCAAGCUACGCCAAUGUCUGGGAAAUGGAUGACCCCUAUCGCUUUUUACAGACUGAGCAAGACUACGAAGACUACUGGGGUGAUAACUACGACGUCUAUCGCCGCAUGUUUCCUGAGAUGAUUGGAAAAAGCGGUGAACCGGUGCAGCAAUACGGACAAAUGCCAGUUUGGGCAGGGCCACAUCGUCAGCAUGCCAAUAAGUCUGAGCAUAAUUGGAUGUUUGCUGAGAUUGGUGUGAAUGUGGGACAUGAGGCUUUGAAGAAGCUGGAACUGGAUCCUACAAACGAAAAGCGUCGGAGAUUUGUCAUUCGUCAACCAGAUGGCACGCUUCGCUCCGCAAAAAUGUCAGAAAUGCGGGCGUGGUAUUGGAAGGAGGAAUGGGCAGAUUUCCGUUUUUGGGCUCCUAACAUGGAGUGGGGAAUUGAAAAUACACCAUCGCAGGAGCAAUAUCAAGAGCAUGUUCCAGACACACCGGAUGCGGACUACCGCAAACAGCGUCGCAUUCAAUCUCGCCCAGUGAAGUGGUUUUACGAAAGCCAUUACACCCGCACAGGCAACUUUGCGGGGUUUCAACCCCUCCGUUUUAUGCAGCGCCGCACAGAGCGCGAGGUGCGCUGGCCUGACGUGAUCAAUGCGGCGGUGCAGAUUCAGAAGCGAAAACCGAAUGCUUACAUCUUUAAGGCUAUUCCUGAGAUGUAA